AUGCCGUUAUACGAAGAUUGGACAGCCGAACCCGUCAACGAAAAAAUGCAAGAAAUUUGUAAUAACCUAGCAUCAGAAUCACAAUUGACAAAAACGGAAAUUUGGUUACCCGGUUCAAAAGCAUACAUUGCAAGUAGAGUACGAUACUUUAAACAAACGGCUUUGAGACCUGCUUGUGUUGCUGUUCCUACACAGCCGCAUGGACUACAACGAUUGAUUCAGCUGAUCGGGAAGGAACGGAUACCGUUUGGCGUCUCGAGCGGUCAACAUCAUAGCAAUAUUGGUUUCAGCUCUACGGCAGGUGGGCUGCAGAUUGAUAUGCGACAGUUCAAAGAUCUCAAAUUGAGUAAAGAUAAAUCAUAUGUAGACGUUGGACCAGGAUUAACAUGGUAUGAGGUAUAUAGAAUGCUAGAGGGAACAGGUGUUCAAGUUGUUGGAGGAAGGACUCAAUCGGUCGGUGUAGGUGGAUUUCUAGCCGGUGGCGGAGGAAUGGGGUGGUCAACAAACGUACAUGGGAUGACUGUAAAUACUGCAUUGGAAGCUGAAUUGGUCACACCACAAGGCGAGAUAAAGACAGUCUCCUAUUCAAAUGAUCCGGACCUUUUCUGGGCUUUAAGAGGAGGAGGGAACAAGUUCGGCAUAGUGUUUCGAUGGCGAUUACAAACACAUGAACAAGCAAAAAUUGUUUAUGGAGGAAUGCGAAUUUAUCCACAAUCCCGUAAAAAGGUCAUCAAUCAAGCAAUGGUGAACUUUUUGAGUAAUAAUACCGAUCCUGGCGCUCAACUAAUCAUUUCGUAUGGUGUUGCAUACAAGCUGAUCGGUAUAAUUUGCUUGCAAGUAUAUUAUCCCCAUCAAGAUCCUGGAUCGAUCUUUUCGGAAUUUGAUGUUGAACGAGUGGGAAAAGCAUGGUCAGAUUCAUGGGGUCCGACAACGUUUGCGGAUUCUGUCGGAACGUCAUAUACGGAAAUGCAUGCAAAUCAAAGAUCUUUGAUGGACGAACAAAACUUCCAAAACUUUCAUUCGGUUGCAUUAUUGAAUGCGGCAGCAGAUCUGAGUUACGAGUAUGGACGUAAGUGGUUCAUUAAAGGUAGAUUCAUGCCACUUUCACAAUCGAUUUGCAGUAUUGCUAUUGAACCUUUUCAACAAGGAUGGGGAGCGCAAUUUAAAGAGACACAAGGCGUUUAUCCAUACCACAACAGUCCGAUGCCUAUCAUCUUGUUGUUCUAUUGGAAGAAUGCAAGGGAUGACGAAUACUUUACACAAACAGCACGCUUUAUGAUCGAUAGAUUACGUCAAAUUGCUAUAGAAGAAGGGCAAGAUUUAUCAAACUUUCCAGCUUAUCCGAAUUAUGCUCAGGCGGACAGAACACCAGAAGGAUUGUUUGGUAAAGAGAAUUGGGAAAGGCUGAGAGGAUUACAGAAACGAUAUGAUCCUGAGAAUGUUAUGGGAUUGACUAAAUACUUUUCCUAG